AGGCUGCGUUGCUCAUACAAUGCAGCUAGUUUCAAACGAGGGACUUCUCUCACAACGCAGCGUGAGUGAUGUCAUUGCAGGUGGGAGACACACAUUGUUGGGCAUUUUAAACAUUCUCCUCUUGCAUAUUCCCGGCUGCAAGAUAUCCAGCUCGAGAUGAACAUGGAACCAAAAUGCCUCCAGCAAGAUGAGAGAACAAGGUGGAAUAGCACCUACUUCAUGAUAGAGAGUCUGGUGGAACAGAAGCGAGCCCUGUCUGCCUAUGCUGCUGACCAUGACCUACCGACAACACUCACUGCAAACCAGUGGACUUUGCUUGAAAAAAACAAAGACCCGCCUUGAACCAUUGAAGGAGUUUAAUAGGAAGGUGAGCUCCGCCACUGCCUCUGCUGCUGAUGUUAUCCCAAGUGUCACUCUUCUCAAACGUGUCCUCGCCAUGGAAACCAAGGCUGACUCUGGUAUUAAAACCAUGAAAAAGACCCUCCUAGAGGCCAUCGACAAACGCUUCAGCACAGUGGAAAAUGAACCUCUUUAUGCACUUUCAACACUGCUGGACCCAAGAUACAAAGACAGAUUCUUUACUAGUGCAGAGUCUGCAAAGCAUGGAAAAGAUGCACUGGCCAAAGAACUGGAGGAAGACUUGAGGACCACCACAGAUGAUGAGGCAUCAGAGAUUUUGAAGCCACCAGAAAAAGCCUCCUGGGCAGAAGCAGCAGCAGCUCCAUGCAGAAAUAAGAGCAGCAGUAGCUUCAUGAAAGAAUUUGAAAAAUUUCGGGAGGAGCGUGAGGAACCUGGUGGUGCAGCAAGCUGCUCCAUCUUGAAAUACCUCUGUGCACCCUGCACUAGCGUAGAAAGUGAAAGGCUCUUCAGCACAGUUUCCUCUAUCCUGGAAGAGAAGCGAAACAGCUGA